AUGAUGCAGCAAGUGUCUCCACCACCACCAAUUCAAACGCGUUAUCCUCCACCGUAUCAUCAAUAUCCAACUGUUCCAUCGCUCUCUACUUCAUCAUCGUCGUCACUCUUAAUUCCGCAAUAUUCAGCGAUGAAUAGUCCUCAAUCGAUAAAUUCUAUUGAUGCGACCGUAUUCGGACCAAGUGUGCCGCCGUUCAAAAGUUCGAAAAUAAAUAACUCUUUAUCAUUACCUCGUUCAAACGAUGUCGAUUUUCGUCGUUUAAUUUUGUUUAAUGUACCUAUCGACCUUAUUCGUGAAUAUCUCGAACUUUAUAUCGAACAUUUAUCAGGUGAAGCAGAAAUAGAACGCAUUGAUUACUCUAAUCUUGAUGAUACAACUGUAAUGGUUACAUUUAAAACUGAACUCGAUAUGGCCGAAGUACGUCGUCGUCAUGGAACCCGUUCGAAAUUACAUGAUUCAGAAAUAUCUUUAGCUGAAGUCACUCCACCAGCAACUGUAAUGAUACGAAAUUUACCAUCGGAUGUAUCGCGUGAUGUACUUGAAUUGUAUUUCUCCAAUCGACGUCGCAGUGAUGGUGGUCGAGUUAUUGAUGUCACAUUGGACGAUGAACAUCAACAUGCACUUGUCACAUUUUCUGAUCAUAAAGAUGUACGUCGAGUAACGAAACGUGAACAUUUGAUACAUGGUCAUCGACUCGAUGUCCGUAUUUAUUAUAAACAUAUGGGCAUCGAACCAUUCACAGAUGCGUCAAAUGUUGGCAAACAACCCGAUCCGAUUCGUUAUCGUAUAUCCGAUGAUAGUCGUUAUUUAUUUUUACUUAAAAAUCGUCCAUUACUUAAUGAACUUCGUGAACAAUUGAAACCAUUAAAUGGUUUUGUUAGUUUACAAACCGAAGGAUUCCUAGAAAUAAUCUUCAAUGGCCCUCGUUCAACAGUCAAACAACGCUUUCAAUGGACAAAAGAUGUCGAAAAGUUAGUUGAACACUUUCUUACCGAACGCCUGGCUAUACAAAAAGUACCCUGGAAUAAUAAUAAAAUUCCAUCUAUUGGUCAGGAACAAUUGGCCGAUCUUUCGUUGAAAGAUAAUACACGUUUAAUGCAGUUAGUUCCAUCCGAAGGUCAACCCAAUCAUAUUGUUGUCACAGCAUUGAAAGAAAAUCUCGAUCGAGCUUUGAGUGAACUAACAGAUAUGCUUGCUGGACCACGCACAACGCAGACGUCCAAUAAUAACAUACCUUUAACGGAUGCUGUCUACCGUAGUAAACCAGUGAGUACAACACGUGAUCCAAAAGUGAAUAAUCAACGUUCAUCGUUAUUACUUCGUUCAUCACCAUUAACACAAAGUACACCUGAUCUCGACUUGCCACCACCAUUGUCAAAUAUCACGAUUGAUGAUCAUAUUGAUAAAUUACGUUUAUACCAACUUGAUUUGUUAUCGAUGCGUUUUGUUGAUCUUGCUCGUCGAACUUAUAUGGAUUUAACGAUCGAUAUUGAUCGAGUCGGACGACGGGUUCAUCUACGAGGUCCACCCGAUCAAGUUGCUGUUUGUAAAAAUUAUUUCGAAUCAAUUCUUAACGGAAUAGUUCAUAAACAUUACAGUAUAGGAAAGGAAAUGGCAGUUUUUCUAUCGAAUCCUGAUACUGUCGGAGUAAUCAUUUCCUAUUUAACAAAUACUGAUCAUGUCUGUGCCUAUGAAAUCGAACGAAUCAGUAACAAUCAUCGUCGAAGUGCAGUGUCUCCAACACCGAAUGUGAAUAGUCUUGGACCAAUGCCCAAUCAUAACUCGUCGUCAUCGAUCAAUACACAUCAUAAACUCGUUUUAUAUGGUCUAACACGUGAUGGAUGCGAUCGAGUCUAUGACAUACUUCGCCAUGACAUACGUGUUCGUUCGAUAAUGUUAGAUAAAGAUGAUAAACGUUGUCUAGCAAGUGAAUCGUGGCAUGCGUAUGUUCGUGAACUUUAUUCUAAUCCAGGUGGUUUUCGACGCCGACGUGUACUUUUACAAGUCAAACAAAACCAACUAACAUUAGUCGGUUUUGCUCAGGAUGUCGAUGCUAUGCGUAGACGUAUCUCUGAUUAUUUUGUUGAAAAUGCCAUUUCAUUCUAUGAAUCUGACUGA